GAGGAGGAGGAAACAGAAGAAAGACAAUUCAAUUAAGAAAGAGUAGAGGAUAAAAAGAGGAAAGUACAGAGAAGAGUACAUUAUCAGACAAGAAAAGAUGGCUUAUGUGUUGGAGAAUGUGCUGCUUGCUCAGGUCUACCUAAUUUUCUUGAUGUUGGCUGGCUGGUCCCAUGUGCAACCUGUCCAUGGAGGUUUGAGGGCAGAGGGACUGGCAGAGGGCACCACAGAAGUGAUAAGUCACUCGCAAGGGCUGGUGGCACGGCUGGAGGGCCUUCUGUCGCUGGGAAAUAACAGUGACAUUUCCCUGCGUGUGGAAACAGUGGAUGCAGAUGAGGUCAAGGUGAUUCAAGCCCACACGCUGAUUCUGUCGCUGCAGAGCAGAGUGUUUGAUGGGAUGCUAAGAAAGCGUAAUGGCAGCACACUAGUGCUGCGCGAGAUGGCAGAAUGCACUGCUGUGUUCGAUAAAUUUAUCAGAUAUCUGUAUUGUGGUGAGCUAUCCCUGCAGUUGGACCAGGCAACACCACUCCACAAACUGGCUACCAAGUACGGCAUAUCCAGUCUCCAACAAGGACUAACCCAGUACAUGAGCCACAACCUGGCCAGCGAUUUUCUGGGUGGUCAUGUGGUGAGUUGGUACCAGUAUGCGACGACGGUUGAAGACACCUUGCUGAGAGACAACUGCCUUCAGUUUUUGUCAUGGAAUCUGUCGUCUGUACUUCAGAGUGCCGAAUGGCCAUCUGUUAGUGUGGAACUACUAAUGACCCUGUUGCAGCGCUCUGACCUUGUGCUGAAGAAUGAGCUGGAGCUGUUUGAGGCUCUUGAAAUCUGGCUCACCCAGAAUGACCCGGAUAGCCUGACAGCAGAGAACGCCCUUCGCCUAGUACGCUACGCCAUGAUCCCUCCACGCGAUCUCUUUCGCCUCCAACGGAAUUCGCCGAUCAUGACACGCUACCAUGAAUCAGUACGUGAUCUACUCUACAUGUCAUACCAGUUCCACUCGGCAUCACCCCUUCAGCUAGCCAAGUUCUUCGAUAUGAACUGCAGCCUAUUCGUACCACGCAACUACCUCUCGCCCAUGUGGGGGUCUCAAUGGAUCAUUAGCAACCCAGCACGGGAUGACCGCAGCACCAGUUUCCAGACACAUCUGGGUCCAAGUGGUUUUGACUCAAGUAAAUGGGUGACGUGGAAUGCCCUGUUCUCACCCCGUUGGCUCCCUCUCAGCAUGAGGCCCUUGUACACAGAGCAGGGUGCCAUGCAAACUCCACGGCCCGAUGGAGGAAGUGCUGUUGGCCACCCUCGUAUUAUCAUAACGCCUACUACUUCCAGUGCAGAUUUUGCAGGUGUGAGCUUCCAAAAGACUGUACUUGUCUCGACAAAGCAGCAGGGCAAACUCGUGGUGCGAUAUGUAUUCAGCUUCCACCAAAGCACAGAGGAGGUGGGCGACUUCCUGGCUGAUGGGGACCUGCUGCAUCGCACAUCUGAGCACCUGGUGGAUGGAUCGCUGUACUUGCACAUCAUUGUAAAGCCUAUCUACCAGACUCUUAUAGCAACCAAGCAAUAAUGUAAGACACAAGUUAAUAGGAAGACACACAAAGCAUGAUUUUAGAAGGUCUGUGCAUGGAAGAAAGGUCUAAUGAAAGCUCAGCUUAGGUCUAAUGUGAAUAAGGGUACUAAAAAGCCAUUUCCACUUUCCUUACAAUGCGAGUUAAAGGCUAGGGUUUACUCUAGAAAGUGUAAAAAAAAAAAAAAAAAAAUGAAACACACAAGUAAGGUUUAUGGCAGUGGUUCUCAACUGGUGUUGCUUAAGGACCCCUAUUUUUACAUUCAUCCAGUGCAUGAGCCAAGUGGUGACCCAAAACUGUACCAAAAGUUAUCAUUUUCCAAAAGAAAACCCAUACAGAAAUCUGAUAAUUGGCCAUAUAUACAGUAUAUGAACACAUGCACGCACACAGUGUUGGGUGUAAUGCAUUACUAAGUAACAAAUUUUUCAUUGAAAAAAGUAAAGGAUUACUCUUAAUUUUUCAGUAAUUUAAUUACAGUUACUUCUGAUGUAAUUGUGUUAAAUACAGUAUAGACUAUAGAACAAUUCUAUAUAAAACAAUAGUGAAUUUAAAAAUGUCUGAUGUUAAAAUGUAUGUUUUUUAAUUUCAAGCUGCCCCCUUAAAUUCUUUGGCCAGUUCAUUAAUAAUUUAUUUGAUUUUAUAUGAUUUAUUUGAAAGAAGUAAAAGAACAGUUUCACAUCUAUCCUUGUAUUUUUCAUCUGACUGAGGAUGAUAAGGGUUUUAGAAAGUAAAUAGUAAUAAGUAAUGCAAUUACUUUUCAGACAGAGUGAUUAGUACAAUAAUCGAAUUACACUGUAGAAGAUGUCAUUAGUAGUUAGUAAUUAAUUACUUUUUUAGAGUAACUUACCCAACACUGCACGCACACACACAUAGCAUAUAUACAGUAAAUAUUCUAAUUCCACCUAGUAUUUGGGAAAAUAUGUAACACUGUAUAUGAAAACUGACAUUUCUGUACCAUUUUAAAAUACAUGUUCUAUAUACUGUAUGUACAAAUAUGUGACUUUUUAUAUCAGUGGAAAACAUAAAUAAUCAUAUACUGUAUUUGAUACAUGCGUUUUACAGAUAUUGCAUUGCAUACAUUUAUAUUAUAUAUUUAAUUUCUGUAUAUGGGAACAAAAAUAUGCUUAAAAUUAAACUUAAAAUGAAAAUUACUAAUAUAUUUAUAAUAGUAAUGCAUAAAUAUUCAUAUUACUUGGUCAUAUUUUGUUUUACCUUGCAUUGUUUUGUUCAUGAUUUUCGAGGAUGAGGGCAUGCCAUGAAACAUGUUUCUCAAAAUUAUUUACCAACUGACAGCGGAAUUUGCACCAAAAUACCUCCGAGUUUGAUUGGACCCGCAGCCUUAAUCAACAGUAAAACAUAUGGGGUGCAUUUUCUCCAAAUUUUUUAAAGGUCUAUUUAUAUUACUAUCUUAACUAUACACAAUUAUAUAGUUAGCUGUCUUUUAUUAUUUGCAUUAAGCAUUAAUUUUCCCUUACUGUUUGCAACCCUACCAGAACAGACAUGUGGGACAUGACACGACAAAAACAGACAUUUUUGGGUUGAGAUCCACCAGCUGAGAACCACUAGCUACUGGCAUACAUGUACUAAAUUAAUAUAGGCUUUGACAUACACUUUGCCUCCCAGACAUAACUCAUAUCACAGUUGUUUUUUCUUCUUGAAACCACAAGCCCUUUCCUUUUUAGGGAAACCAAACCAUGCACGUAAGUAUCAUGGCCACAUCCUCUGUCAAACUGGACUUAUAGUUUAAAGAGAGUCUAAGUGCACAGAAUCUAAAUAAGCGUGUAGUAAUCAGCAUAUUAUACAUUGUAAAUAGUCGCAUUAUGACUUCUUAGUUCACUAUAGGAAAAAAGAAAGAAACACACAUACAAGACCACAAUAACAACAUUGUUCUGAACAUUUAAGAUUUAAAUGUGCUAUAUUUAAAGAGAUAGUUCACCCAAAAUGACAAUUCUGUCAUCGUUUAAAAUACAUAUUAGGAAAUGUUAGGCAGAAUGUUAGCCUAAGUCACUGUUCACUUUCACGGCAUGUUUUUUUUUCCAUUAAAUGAAAGUGAAUGGUGACUGAGGCUAUCAUUCUACCUAACAUCUUUUGUAUUCCACAGAAGACAGAAAGCCACAUGGGUUUGGAUCAAUAUGAAGGUAUGAGUAAAUAAUGAAUGAGCUUUCAUUUUGAGGCGAGCUAUCCCUUUAAAGUGUUUCUAGGUGCUACUGUAAAUAUAAUGAGAAAUAUCACACCUCAUAUUUGUAAUGGCCUGAAAUGUCACACAGAAGUGUAGGUUUUUAAUGAUUUAGAAAAAUAUGUUGGGCUAUAUUAAUUAGACUAUAAUAGCUACACAAUUAAUAAUCUAUAUAAUCAUAUUCUUGUGUCCAUACUAAUAUAUAUAUAUAUAUAUAUAUAUAUAUAUAUAUAUAUACACACACACACACACACACUACCGGUCAAAAGUUUUGAAACACUUAUUCUUUAUUAUACAUUUUUUUUUUUUUUUUCACAUUUUAGAAUAAUAGUAAAGUCAUUAAAACUAUGGAAUAACAUAAAUGGAACUAUAGGAAUUAUGUUGUGACUAAACAAAAUCCAAAAUAAAUCAAAACUGUGUUAUAAUUUAGCAUCUUCAAAGUAGUCACCCUUUGCCUAGAAUUUGCAGACAUGUACUCUUGACAUUUUCUCAACCAACUUCUUGAGGUAUCACCCUGGGAUGCUUUUUAAACAGUAUUGAAGGAGUUCCCAUCUAUGUUGGGCACUUAUUGGCUGCUUUUCUUUAUUAUUUGGGCCAAGUCAUCAAUUUCAAAAACUUUUUAUUAAAUUUUAGUUUUAUAAUGAAAUAAAUUAAUAUGGUGGCACAAUUAUAUUUUUGUCUACAAAACUAAUUUCAAACAUUUAAGCAUACGCCUUCAGAUCAAAAGAUUUUUAAGAUCAUGAGAAACAUUUCGGUCAAGUGUUUCAAAAUUUUUGACCGGUAGUGUAUGUAUGUAUAUAUAUAUAUAUAUAUAUAUAUAUAUAUAUAUAUAUAUAUAUACAUACAUAUAUAUUAGAUCACAGCUCUUUGCAUGUUGGAACAGAUCAUGUAUGUUUAGCAUUCACUCUCCUGUAUAACAAGCCACACAAUAAAAUGCACAAUGUCUACUAUAAGUUUGAGUCCAUCAUUGAUCAUUGAGGGUAAAAGAGAAAGACUUAAAAUAAUAGUGUUCAUUAUUUCUUAAGUUUUCAAAUCUAAGUUUUAUUAU